UUUUUUUCAUCGUGUUUUGUCUCUUUUGUAUGCAUAGCUGGCACAGGGCUGUUGUCCUGUUUUUAGAGCAUUUAAUUACAAUAGAUACUCCAAGGCUGAACAAAAUGUUCUUUUAUCUAGUUAAAGAAUGUAGCUUGGAGGGGUUUUUUUCCCUUGCAUAACUUUUCCUUAGUGUUUUGGAAAGAGAGAUUAUCUUUUGGGGGGUGUUUAUUUAAUUUCAGCCUAAAACCAUCUGGUCUCUGCAUCCUGCAAUGCCCGGUUUCUCAUACUGCUCAUCUCCGAGCAGCCCAAACUGCUGGGCAACUAAUUGCCAUGGCUAGUCAUCACAACCCCCAAAUGGCAGGUUUUCGGGAACUCCUCUUUUUCUUUUUGAUUUUAAUUUGAGAUUUGAUGAGAUUUGUCAGGAUAAAGAGGCACAUUACAGGCUUCACGCAUUCUUCUUGCAUUUUUCCCUUUCUGCUACCGGACUUAAUGCUGAGCACACGCAUCUUGCACUGCAAUUAAUGGACCUGUGAGAUAAUGAAUGUCUGAUAACGCCGAGGCUGACUCUUUCCUGGGAUGAGACCCGAAGCCUGAAGCAUUUAAAGGAUCUCAGCUCAUUUGCCAUGCCAUUCUUGGACGGUGAUGUGGAGAGCACAGACAAAAAUGCUUCUCGCAAGGUAGAAGAAAGCUACUCUGGUGGCAGCCCUUCAAAAGGCCUUUUCUCAAAAGGACUCCAGAACCGACCUUCCAGUCCCGUUUCUGCCCCUGUGAGAUCCAAACAUAGCCCUGGCUCACCCAAAACAGUGUUCCCCUUCCCCUACCAGGAGUCUCCCCCACGCUCCCCACGCCGAAUGAGCUUCAGUGGGAUCUUCAGGUCCUCCUCCAAAGAGUCCUCCCCCAAUUCUAACCCGUCUACCUCUCCUGGGGGCAUCAAGUUUUUCUCCAGAUCAAGAAAAACCUCUGGCCUCUCCUCUUCUCCAUCUACCCCAACACAAGUGACCAAGCAGCCCACGUUUCCUCUUGAAUCCUAUAAGCAUGAGCCUGAGAGACUAGAAACACGGAUUCACUGUUCUUCACCUCCGGACACCGGGCAGAGAUUCUCUUUGCCUCCAUCUCAAAGUGCAGCCAAGCCUCCUCUCAUGACACCAGCUCCCUGUGCUACCUCAAAACCAGCGGCGGCGGCGGCAGCGGCUCCGGCUCCCUCUCAGCUCCCGGCCGCCUCCGAAGGGAUGCUGGAGAAACUAGAGCUCGAAGAUGAAGCACUUGAAGAAUCGGAAAGUGACAUUUAUGUGCGAUUCAUGAGGUCACACAAGUGUUAUGACAUUGUUCCAACAAGCUCUAAGCUUGUUGUUUUCGACACUACGCUACAAGUGAAGAAAGCCUUUUUUGCCUUGGUGGCAAAUGGUGUGAGAGCAGCUCCACUGUGGGAGAGUAAAAAACAGAGUUUUGUAGGAAUGUUAACAAUUACAGAUUUCAUUAACAUACUGCAUAGAUACUAUAAGUCUCCAAUGGUUCAGAUUUAUGAAUUGGAGGAGCACAAGAUAGAAACCUGGAGGGAGCUUUAUUUACAAGAGACAUUUAAACCUUUAGUGAACAUCUCCCCAGAUGCAAGCCUUUUUGAUGCUGUAUAUUCAUUGAUCAAAAACAAAAUCCACAGAUUGCCAGUUAUAGAUCCUGUCAGUGGAAAUGCACUUUAUAUACUUACCCAUAAAAGAAUCCUCAAGUUCCUCCAGCUUUUUAUGUCAGAGAUGCCAAAGCCUGCCUUUAUGAAGAAGAAUCUGGAUGAACUUGGAAUAGGAACUUACCACAACAUUGCCUUCAUACAUCCAGACACUCCUAUCAUUAAAGCCUUGAAUAUAUUUGUAGAGAGAAGGAUAUCGGCAUUACCUGUUGUGGAUGAGUCAGGAAAAGUUGUAGAUAUUUAUUCCAAAUUUGAUGUAAUAAAUCUUGCUGCUGAAAAAACAUAUAAUAACCUAGAUAUCACGGUGACGCAAGCCCUACAGCACCGUUCUCAGUAUUUUGAAGGUGUUGUAAAGUGUAGUAUGCUGGAAACACUGGAGACCAUUGUGGAUAGAAUAGUGAAGGCUGAGGUUCAUCGUUUGGUGGUAGUGAAUGAAGCAGAUAGCAUUGUGGGUAUCAUCUCCCUUUCUGACAUUCUACAAGCUUUGGUACUCACACCAGCAGGUGCCAAACAAAAGGAGACUGAAAGUGAAUGACUGCUGUGAAUGUAUACACGUUGGUAGGAGAACUUGAACAAAGUUUCUGGGUCAAGUUUGUCUCAAGAACAGUGACUGCAAUAGAACAGAGCAGGAUGGUUGAGAAUGUGUAUUGGGACUUAGUGGUGGCUGAUGAGUCUAUUCCCCUCAGUGAUGUCGCAAAAAAAAAGCAGCAUGACAAAAGCUUAUGUUAAAAUGUAGGCUUGUAUUUCAAAAUGUCUUCAAAACAUUUGCUGGAAGACUUCACAUGAUGUCCUUCAUUAAAAUGCACUGUAUUCUGAAACUUUUUCAUUUUGUAUUUGACAGAAGUCACUGGUCAGCAAUGGAUAUAUGUGACAUAAGGCAAGUGUAUGGCAUAUUCAUAUCAUAGUGCCUUAUGUCAAAAUACAGCAAUAUGUCAUCACUGUUGCCCAUCACUGUCAAAGGAAGUAUUGUGCUAAACAAGACACUGUAUUUGAAUGUGAAAGUCUUUAAACCUAAAACCAAAUCAGUUUCAGUUCUCAUUAGAUUUGUCAUAAAAGCUGUAAUUUGAAUAUCAGUAGACUUCUUUAAAACUUCAAUGACAGUUUUGUGUUAAAUGUUGCAUUCUGAACUGAGAUGUAAAACGAGACUGAUUUUAAAAACAGCUUUAUUUAUUUUUACUUUCAUGACAAUUUUUUACACAUCUUUGGUGGAUAGCUAAAAUUUCACCAUAUCCAUUAAUAAACUGUUGAUUGUUAUACAAACAA